UGCCAGUUUAGGGCUCGUUCGUUUUGAACCGUUUCAAGCCAGAAUUUAUUCUGGUUCAUAGAAUCUUAUAUAAAUAUAAACUAACUAUGCAGCCCGGAAUUACUGCUGGACGUCGAUAGCCAGGAAACGAACGGGGCCUUACGCGGCUUUACCGUUCACGACAGUAGGCCGAGGUUCUUGGCCUGGCUGCCUGGCUAUGCGGUCAUGCGGAUGCUUUCACAAUCCCAUGCCCCGGCCGCCCUGCUCCGAGCGAUCACUGCGUGCACCAGCUGUCGGGAAGCGCAAGCGCUACACUCACUCGCCUGCAAGCUGGGUCUCGCCUCCGACAUGGUCAUUAGUACCGCCUUGCUGACCAGGUACGCGAAGCGGGGCCUUGUGGCUCGCGCCCAGAGGGUGUUCGACGAAAUGCCGCGGAGGGACGUGGUCGCCAUCAACGCCAUGCUGGCCGCCCUUGGCGCCACCGGAAGGGUCACGGACGCCCGGGCGCUGUUUGGAAGAAUGUCGUACAGGACGCCGGCCUCGUGGAACACCAUGGUCACGUGCUACUGCAGGGCCGGCGAUCUCACCUCGGCCAGGGACGUCUUCGAGGCCAGCCUCCGCGCCAUGAGCAGCAGCGUCGUGUCGUGGAACGCGAUGAUCGACGGGUACUGCAAGGCCGGGCGGAUGGACGCGGCGCGAGAGCUGUUCGACCGUAUGGGCUCCUCGCUGCCGGACGUCAUCACCUGGAACACGAUGAUGGCCGGGUACUUGCGCGGAGGGGAUCCGGCCUCUGCCAUCGCCAUGUUCCACCUUCUGAUGCGCACGCAGCGGGAGGGGGAGCAGAGGUUGAGACCCACCAAUGGCACCAUGGCUACAGUGGUGGCCGCGUGCGCGCAGGUGGGGAACUUGGCGCUGGGCCGGCAGAUCCAUCACCUCAUCCAGCAGAAGGGGAUAUGGAUCGACACCGUGCUGAGCAACGCCCUCAUGGACAUGUACUUCAAGAGCGGGAGCGUGGACUGCGCUCUCGACGUCUUCCGCGCCAUGCCCCGGCCCCGCAGCCCCAACCUCUUCUGUUGGAACACGGUGAUCUCAGGGCUCGGAAUGAACGGCCACGGCGAGGACGCCAUAGCUGCGUUUCACGACAUGGUCGAGGGAAGGGGAAGGCUGAACGGGAACAGCGUCAAGCCGGACGGGGUGACGUUCGUGGCGCUCCUGUCGGCGUGCAGCCACUCCGGCCUGGUGCUGGAGGCCAGGAAGUUCUUCUCCCAGAUGCUACCGGUGUACGGCCUGCCGCCCCAGCCCGAGCACUACGGCUGCAUGGUGGACCUCCUGUGCCGCGCGGGUCACGUCGACGAGGCCGCGCGGCUCGUGCAGACGAUGCCCGGCCGCCCCAACGCCAAGGUGCUCGGAAGCCUCCUGCUCGACGCCCGCGUCUCGGAGCGGUGGCAGGAGGGCGGUGUGAGGCUGAGCGAGUGGGCGGCGCGGCGGAUAUCGAGGCUGGACCUCCACGACGGCGCGGCGUACGGUCUGUCCAACGUGUACGCGUCGCUGCAGAGAUGGGAUCGCGUCGAGGAACACAGGAGGCAAGUGAGGGCGGCCGUGAGACACGCCAAGGGCGCCCCGCGCCGCAAGCAGCCUGAUCGGGCUUGCCAUGAUCUGGCUAGCUCCUGCAUAAACAAACUGUACCAACAGAACGUCGGCGGCGGCAGCCGGCAGGCAACGAGGGGGUGUUAGGUCUUGUUUAGAUGUAAAAAGUUUUUGAAUUUUGACACUGUAACAUUUUUGUUUUUAUUUGACAAACAUUGUCUAAUUAUGAAGUAA